GCGUUCACAAAAUGUUUUAGUUGACUGAUAAAUAUGUAAGAGAUUGGUCUAUUAAAUUGUUACGAGAUUAACGAGUCACUAAACCAAGUUUAAGUUAUCGCCAUAUAUAAUGGGGAAACUUCGUCAAGCUCACACAAGCAUAUCCUGCGCACUAGGGAAUACACUUACAGGUCUAUUAUAUGUAUGGCCCUCUUACACGUUACAUUUGUAUACAAGCGAAGACACAAACCUCUUAACCAGGCCAAUGACUGACUUGGAAAGCUCCUUGGUGGGCAGUCUACCGUCAUUGGGCGCAAUGCUUGGGACAGCGGUGGUGGGAUGGAUCAUGAGCAUUUUUGGAAGACAGAAGACUGCACUUGUUUUAGCUGCUCCACUUUUGAUAUCCUGGGUAAUGAUAGAUUUCACAAAAUCAUCAAUAGUAAUAUUAAUUGCCAGGUUCAUUGCUGGAGCUUCGGGCUGUGCAUUUUUGGUCCAUUCACCUAUUUAUAUAUCAGAGGUUGCCGAGGAAUCAAUACGCGGAACUUUAGCUUCAGCCCCGAUGGUGUGUUAUUGCUUAGGUGCUUUAAUGUCCUACCUCAUUGGGUGGUUUUUUACAUACCGAUACAUUAUAUGGAUUAAUAUUGCGUUCUGUAUCCUGUACAUGGGCCUCAUGCUGACUGUGAGAGAGAGCCCGAUAUCUUUAUUGAGACAAAAGAAGGAAGAGGAAGCGCGUUUAGCUAUAGCUUAUUAUAGAAGCGCAUCGGUCUCUUCUAAGCUUGUUCUAGAUGAGUUUUCAAGAUUGAAGCAACAAGUAACGCCUGCUGUUGAAUUAAGAGCAGUUCGUACGAGCUUAAAAGAAGUAGAGGCUGAAAAAGAAAAAUUAAACAGUGAAAUCGACGAAACAGAGUCCCAAGAAAAAAUGUCAUCAUUGAAAAUGUUGUUUACGUCUCCUUCGUCACGCAGAGGAUUUUUGGUGGUUGGAGUAUUUUUAACUCUUCAGGUUAUGAUGGGUAUGGUAGCCGUUCAAGUAUAUGCCAAAGAAAUUUUCAAGCAAGCAGCACCGGGACUAUCUUCGCACUUAUGCUCAGUUAUGUUUGCUUUAGUACUCUUAGCUGGAAGUUCGAUGAGUGCUUUGUUCACUGAUAAAUUCGGAAGAAAAAUUCUUUUAAUAUCUUCUGCAGUGCUAGUAGGCCUUUGCCUUAUUGGAUUAGGAGUAUUGCUUCACACAAGCAUAGCCCCACCAUGGGUCUCUGCUGUACUAAUUCUAUGUUACUGCUUCGCAUUCAUGUUUGGCGCUGGAUCAAUCCCUUAUGUUUUACUCGCUGAGUGCUUUAUUCCAGAGGUACAAAGCAUUGCCUCUAUGAUGCUACUGGAAUGGGUCUGGCUCCUCAACUUCGUGGUUAUCGGGAUCUUUCCAUUCAUGGUCAAAUUCUUUGGUAUCCACGGCACAUUUUACGCUUUUUCCUGUUUCGCCAUAGCUGAUACCAUUGUUGGGUUGUUCAUCCUACCUGAAACCAAGGGUCUUACUAAUGAACAAAUACAAGAAACAUUUUUAAGGGGUCGGAAAAAAUAGACUAUAUAGUUGUAAAUAUUUUUACGUUGUUAAUAUAUUAUGUAUUAAAUAAAUUAUUUUAUCACACUAACAUUAUAAAA